ACCAUGUCCUCGUCAAUCCAGAAACGUCCCACAUCCCCAUUACUGUCUUCACCGGAUUUUUGGGAGCAGGAAAGACGUCUAUCAUCCUGUCCCUGCUACCGAAGCUGCCGAAAGACUACCGCGUCGUCUUACUUAAAAACGAGUUCGGCGAUGUCGAAGGUAUGUAGCGAACUGCUGUGCUCGGUGGGAAUAUUCAAGUGAGCUGUCGAACAGUUGACAGUCAACUUGCGAAGCAAUCUAGUCUAGCCGCUGUUAGCGAAAUUCUGAACGGAUAUGAAGACUGCCUUGUUGGAGAUCAAAGAGAAAUACCGGCCAGACAGGAUUAUCAUCGAGUGCUCAGGCUCCGCAUUCCCCGCUACUCUGGCUUUCCAGAUCCGCGAGCUCGAACGAGAGACGGAGUACGAUCUACGGCUCGACGCGAUAGUCACGGUGAUCGACGCCGAGAACUUCACAGGCUACGAAGAUACCUCUCCGACAGCGAAGAUGCAGGCGAGCUACACAGACGUCAUCCUCAUCAACAAAUGGGAACACAUAUCCGACCGCGCGCUGGACAUCCUCAUUGACCACCUGAAUACACUGAAUGACUUGACGCCCAAAGUCCGCUGUGAAGGCCGCGCGGGCGUCGACCCCAACCUCAUAUUUGGGCUCGACUCCAAGCUCUUUCUUGUAGAAGCCGAGCACCCCCACGCAAAUCAUCACGACGAGGUGGAGACGCCGCCCCACUCCGCAGGCCACAAUCACGAACAUGGUCAUGGUGAUCGUGUGGUCGACGCAGUCAACGGGGAGACAUUGUCUAGUGCACUCAGUGGCCUCUCAAAGGAGACGAUCUGGCGAGUCAAGGGCUUCGUACGGACGGCAGAAGGCAUCCGCAUACUGAACUGGGCGUUCGGGCGAUUCGACCUCAGUCCGACCUCCGCGGAUGGGCUCGGAGAUCGGGGCUCCGUGCUGCUGACCGUCAUGGGCGAAAGAGGAGAGGUUAAGCGGGCUGCACGCAAAUUUGCGGAGAAGCUUGGGGCGAGCAUAGCUUGAAUAGACAUACUACCGUGGCAUCCGGCUAUAUUUGAUAUUGAGACCCUGGUGAGUGGUGUUUAGUACAGGUUUAGCAUGUAGUUCCGCGUUCAAGUUGGAUUUCUGCAUCUUAUGUUGAUCAGCCAGUCAUGUCCCUGUGUGGUGCUUUUGUGAUUCCCUUUGGAGUACGAGUACGUUGAGCCUCCCAGUCAAAGCCUGCGCGGAUUGAAACGACGUAAGCGUAGUUCUAAUACCUGAAUUAUGAGGAAAGAAUUGUACUACUUUCCCCUCGC